AUGUCUCUGCACCGUUACAGCUUAGAUUAGAGAUGCCACUGAACAUGGCCAAGUUGAGGUCUUAUAAACCCACCGCCAGCGAUGCUCCACCGCCACCUCCGCAGCCCCCGUGGGAGGUUGUUGCUCUUGUUGCUCAUCAUCUUGACCCAAAAAUCCUAGCUAUUGCUUCUUGUGUCUCCAAGUCAUGGUACAUUUCCACGUCAUCUGAUCACAUCUGGCGCCCUUUUUGCACUGCCCAUUAUCCUUCUGUGUCUCAACUGAGACUCAAUAACCCUUUGAUCCCUUAUAACCGCCUGUAUGCUAUGGCCUAUACCGCCACCAAACGCCGUGUAAAAAGCCCAUCUAAGCCCCAGGUUUCUCUCGACAAACUCAUAUUCGUAAUCAAUAUAAGCGCCAAAAAGAAAUCUCAUUCGAUUAUCAACACAGCGAAGCCGGGAAGUGAACUGGACCAGCACAUGUAUAGAGGGGUUUUCAGGUUCGAUAUUGAUGCAAAUUACUACUUGCAUGAGGCGAUCGAAGAUGUGAGAAUCUCGUGGCAUGUUGUGAUGGAAGGGUGGAGGGAGGUUUUCACAAUGAUGGACGUGGAAGGGAAAGUGGGAUUCAGUCGCGGCGGUGAAGGGUGGUUCUCGGCGGAGCUUCCAUGUCCAGGGUGUUGCUUGAGUGAUACAAUGAGUAGUGGGGUAGUAGCAGACUUGAAGUUAAGGUUCAGCGGCGAUCAUGGAGAAUCAGAAAGUGAUGGGAAAGUUAAGGUUGACAAGGUGAGCGUGGGAAUUCUGAGUAUUGUUAAUUGGAGAUAUGUGAGUCUUGAAAAUGGUCUUAGGUACUUGCAGCAUUUUCUCGUACCAUGAAUUCGAUAAAUGUGUUAUAAAGUUCAGUAAGUGGAGAAAUUAGUUUUGUGCCCAUCUCCUCCUACUGACAUACAUAGUACGUGAAUGGACCUAGUGUACAUAACUUCAUGCAGUUGAAUUAAAUUUGCUGAAAUGCGUGUUUAAGCCUUC